AUGAAGCUCACCUUCAAGGACCUCAAGCAGCAAAAGUUUACAAUCGACGCCGAGCCCAGCGAGACGAUUGGCGCACUGAAGAAGAAAAUCAGCGAGGACAAGGGCUGGGAGCCGUCAACACAGAAGCUCAUCUACUCCGGCAAAAUCCUGCAGGAUGACAAUACCAUCGAGUCCUACAAGAUCGAAGAGAAGGGCUUCAUAGUCUGCAUGACCUCCAAGCCCAAAGCAGCUCCCAAACCCGCUGCUGCCGUCGCCGAACCACCAUCCACACCCGCUCCCGCCGCAGCUUCAACCCCAUUAGUGCCCGCCGCACCUGCCGCCGCACCGCCAAGUGGUGUCGCUGGUAACAAUCCCCCCGCCACACCAUCUCCAGCUCCUGCCGCCGAGGCCGCCGCAAACCCCGCCACAUUCAACGACCCCUCGGCCCUAGCAAUGGGCUCUCAAGGCGCCGAGGCGAUUGCGAAUAUGGAGGCCAUGGGUUUCCCACGCGAUCAGAUCGAUCGGGCGAUGCGUGCUGCUUUCUUUAACCCGGAUCGUGCGGUCGAGUAUUUGCUCAACGGGAUUCCCGAGAGUGCGCAGCAAGAGCAGAGAGCUAGGCAAGCGCAGACAACUUCGCCUAGACCUGCUUCGGGGCAGCCGGCACAGGCUCCCGCAGCGCAGACGGGUGGGACUGGAGGUGCUCAGCCGACUGCAGGUGGUGAUGAGCCGGUGAAUCUUUUCGAAGCCGCAGCACAAGCAGGCCGAGGCGGCAGCGGAGGAGCACGAGGUGCCACAGCUGGUGCAGGAGCCGGCGCAGGAGCAGGAGCCGGUGCAGGAGGUCUAGCCGCCGCCCUCGGAGCAGCAGGAGCAGGCGCAGGAGCAGGCGCAGGGGCCGCUGGCGACAACGCCGGCACCCUCGACUUCCUACGCAACAACCCGCAAUUCCAGCAACUGCGUCAAGUCGUGCAACAACAACCCGCCAUGCUCGAACCCAUCCUCCAACAAGUCGCGGCGGGUAACCCGCAGCUCGCGCAGCUGAUCACGCAGAAUCCCGAUCAGUUCAUGCAGUUGUUGGCUGAGGAUGCGGAUGAGGAUGUGGCAUUGCCGCCGGGCGCGCAGCAGAUUUCUGUUACGGAGGAGGAGAGGGAGGCGAUUGAGAGGUUGUGCCGUCUGGGGUUCGAUAGGGAUAUGGUUAUCCAGGCUUACUUCGCUUGUGAUAAGAAUGAGGAGUUGGCGGCGAACUUCUUGUUUGAUCAGCCGGAUGAGCCGGAUGAACCUGCUGCUUGA